CAUGUCAUCGCCCCAUUCAACUUGUGAGUGUCUUUCUUGUAAUCGAGAGCUAAAUUUAGUUCCCACAACCUCUUCACGCACAUGCUUGAUACAGGCCACCUCUUUAAUGACCACUGUUUAAUGUUUGGUGACCAUUUUCCCUUUACUCCAGAGAGUCCAAAGCUCAGGUGGUGCCCAGUGACUGGCCAUCUGAGUGAACGAAUAAAAGGAGCAGAUGUAGCUUUGUGCAGCUCAUCUUUAGGUUGAGAAUGUGGAUUCAAGACAUCAUAAUGUUGCCAAAAACCUGAAAAUAAGAUGACAAGAUUUUUUCAGCAACUUGUGCCUGUUAAGAUAAACAUUUUUUUCCCAAAGACCGACAACUUAAAAUAACAAUGGAUGUCUUGUAUGGUUAUGAGAUAAGCAGUACUUUAUACCUGCAGAUGAAUUAUAGUCAUGCUCAGGGCUGGUUUGCACUUGUGUCUACCGUAGCAGACCUGCGUACAACUUUUCUAUUCUUUUUCCCUAUCUGGUUUCACCUGCAAACAGCAGUGGGAGUAAAGCUGGUCUGGGUUGCCGUAGUAGGAGACUGGUUCAAUUUGGUCCUCAAGUGGCUCAUGUUUGGGGAGCGUCCUUAUUGGUGGGUUAAAGAAACUGUUUAUUAUGGCAACUUAACUGUACCACAAAUCAAACAGUUCCCAAUGACCUGUGAGACAGGCCCUGGAAGUCCAUCUGGUCAUGCAAUGGGAGCUGCAGGAGUUCAUUAUGCCAUGGUUACCUCACUGCUGCCAUUUUUGCAGGGAGAUGACCCCUUGAAAAGAUGGUGCUUGCAGGGCCUUCUUUGGACUCUGUUCUGGUGUGUGCAGGUGUGUGUCAGUCUCUCUCGAGUCUUUAUUGCUGCUCACUUUCCACAUCAGGUCAUUGCUGGUGUUGUUACAGGAAUUGCUGUGGCCAAAGCUUUUAACAGAGUUUCUUGGAUCUACUCAGCAAGUUUGAAGGAUUAUAUGCAAACCAUCCUCUGUCUGUUAUUUGUUGCCCUGGGGCUUUAUGUCCUGUUGGACGCUGUCUCAAUAAACCCAUACUGGAGCCUAAUAAAGGCACAGAAGUGGUGCAUUCAGUCUGAAUGGGUCCAUCUCGAUACUACACCGUUUGCUGGCCUCCUGCGCAACGCUGGGGCUUUGUUUGGCCUGGGGCUGAGUCUUAAUUUGCCUAGUCAGGGUGAUAUGGAAAAACAUAAGAGUGGUGAUAACAGCGUCAUCUACAGGUUGACUUGUACUGCAGCAACAUUGCCAAUCUUGAGUCUCAUAGACUCAUUUAGAUUACCUACAAGCACUCGUGCUGUAUUUUACUUGCUGUCCUUCUGUAAAAGUGCUACAAUACCUCUGACAACAAUUACUGUUGUACCUUACUGCAUAAGUGCAUUAGCGAAUGUAUACCAGAGAAUAAAACUGCAUUAAAUCUUU